AUGGAUGUUAAGUUGUGGAAUGACAGGGAAAUGUAUGACGAUGUUGCUGAGCUCUUUGCAAUCAUUACAGCAAUGGAGAAGCUAGAGAAAGCUUUUGUUCGUGACAUCAUUUCACCGGCUGAUUAUGAAACUGAAUGCCAGAAACUGAUUUCUCAUUUCAAGAUCCUAUCUUUGAUAUUAAAGGAUACUGUACCUAACAUUAAACAAUUUCAUGAUGCCUACAAAAUGAACUGCUCUGCUGCCCUGAACCGACUCGUAACCUCUGGAGUGCCUGCUACAAUAGAGCACCGUGCUACGUCUGUUGUAUCCGAGUGUGUGAAGAACUUCAUCACCAGGAUGGACUCAUUCAAGUUGACCAUGAUGGAACUGUCUGAUGUUGAGCAGAAGAUAGAAAUGAGAGAGUGGUUGUCAACUCUUUUGUUGAUAGUUUUGGUGUUUUUUGUCUCAUUUUUUCUUGGAAUCAUAUUGAAGGAUAUUAAUGUGAAAAAAGUAUGUGUUGUAAAUAGUGACUUAGCACAAGGUUUGCAAUUCUAUACUUGUUGGUACAAUGGAAAAUAG